GCCACAGGUAUCCACCCACCAAACGCCAACAUCAUACUUGAUCACUUCAAAACACCUACUCCUCCGCCUCUAGCAACACCUCCAGAGCAAACCGCAGCUGCUGCUCUACCUACAGAGCCAAACUGGCUCAAAGCCAAGUUGUUGUUGCGGAGUGUAGUGAAGGAUGACGCUGGUGCAGAGGCAUCGGCUUUGGAACAGGCUAUCCACCAGCUCCACGUUCAACUAGAGCUCACUCAGCAUGAGUUAAAAGGUGUACAACAGGCUCUUACUGCUAAGGAUAGGGUGAAGAAUAAGAAGAAGGUACUGCCUUUGUACGCUCACAGCCUUGAGCGGCACGGAGGAGCUACCUGGUGGAGUCCUUCAUUGAAGAGGGAAGCCGAUGCCCAUGCUGCUGCAUUUGAGGCCCAUCAACAACAGGUAGAGGCAGAGAAAGCUACCCAGAAGGAGCUACAACACACUCAAAAACUACUCAAAGAGAAGCAGCAGCAGCAGAAGCGUGAGGCGCGGAUAAGGGAGAAGGAAGAGCGUGACCAGCAAAAGGCUGAACAGGCAGAGGAAGCAGCCGAACGCAGAACUGAGAGAGAGCGUCAAAAACAAGCCCGCGACGCUGCAAAAGCUCUACAAUUAUCCCAAAAAGGCAAGCGCAAGGCCUCACAGAAAGCAGUACCAAGAAAGAAGCAGAAUCGUGGUGUUGCUGCUGCCCGGAGUGGUGCUGCUGCUGAGAGCCUGGUGCAGGUGGCUCCU